GCCAUUCGCCCUGCUCCCGCUGACGUGACGGGUCUCCGGUUGUGUUACGGCGGUGAAGCGGUGUUGCGUCUGUCCUCGGCGGGCAUGUUGUGGUGGACUGCGGUGUGGGGGGAGAGGUGGAUGCCUUCCUUCUCUCCCCUGCCCUCCCUCCCCGCUCUCUUCCUCGCAUGCCUGCCACCCUCUCCCCGCUCUUCCUCGCCUGCUCUCCCCUGCCCCUCCUGUCCCAGACCUCGUCGAGAAGACACACACCUGGGCGUCUCCAGGAUCCUUCUGACACACAGAGGAGAUAAUUGGUGGGCUGUGUGUGGUGAGUGCCACAUUGUCUGUGAGGGACCCUCAGAGCCACACAGCACCAGCUGCAACAGCUACAGCAGCAGCAGCAGCAGGAGGAAAUGGCAUCCACCUUCUACCUCACCCAGUGUCACUGGGGCCUCCUCCUCCUCCAGCAGCUGGCCAGGGUGCAGGGACAGGAUGAGCAAGCAGGUGGUGACAGAGAGGGUGGCCAGCUUGUCCCUCCCUCCUGCCACCCAGCCACAGCACUGGCAGUUGCUGCAGUGAGACUGCCCAGGCACAAGUUUGUGCACGUGUCCAGGACGUGAAGGUGAUGGGAACGUGUCCUGUAGGAGGGAGCAGAGCUGUAACAGUACCUGAGUCUGCUGCUGUGCUGGGAGGAGAAAAACAUCAGCAGUAGUUAGUAGUGGUAGUAGAAGUAUUCAGCAGUGGUGGGGCUCUGCUGCUGCUGCUGCUGCUGCUGGCAGUGGUGCAGCUGUUCACUCCUCCACAGCUGCUGCCUUCCCUCACCUACAAUGAACAACUAUGAACAAUACCUCUCGUGCAAUCAGGCAGCGCUCAGCUGUACUCACCAAUAGACUGACCACUAAGAAUUACCUGUGGGCCACAUGACAAGGCCCACGCCAGCCAGGCUUGGUUGCCAAUCAAUAACAACAACAACAACAACAACAUCUCGUGCAAUGAAGAACACUGAAUAACAACAACACCUCUCCCCUGCAUCAUCAACAAUCAACAACAUCUGCUUUGUUUCACUCAUGCUGGCCUGUCUCUCUCUCUCUCUCUCUCUCUCUCUCUCUCUCUCUCUCUCUCCUCACCUCACCUCAGGCCACAGCGCCACAGUAUGUCCCCCCACAGUAUGUUUACAAACCCACAGUGACUCCCCACAGCCCCUCACCAAUAAGUGAUCCCCUCACACACACACACACACACACACACACACACACACACACAGCAUAACAUAUACAAACGCUGCAUCUUGUACAAUGGCCACAAUAAAGAAUGGACACACAAAA